UUGAUUUGAUGCUGUGAAACGAGAAUCGACAUUUACGCACGAAUUAACAUAUGCGUGUUAUUUUUUUGUAUGGAUUAUGCAUACUACGCCCGGUGAAAUUAGAAGCAAAUACGAAGUCAGAAAGUGUUACUACGACACCUCAUCCAAAUCAUAUUUCUGUAUUAUAAGCAUCUUUCGGUGUAGCCUUCUUAGCACCGUAGAAUCUCGAAGAAGGGCUAUGGUAUGGGCAGGAAGAGUUGGGUUAUCCUGUACUACUGAUUCUGCUACAAUGCUGUACCAUAAAGUUUUGUGCAGCAAACACUUCUCUGAAAGUGAUUUCACCACAGCAGAAAGGGUACACCUUAACAGAUUUGCAGUUCCAUAUGGCACAGAUUCUGCUGCACAGUCACCCCCACAACCUCCUGGUCAUUCAUUACACACCUCUUCCUUUGAUCCCUUGCCUUCAGGUUUAACUCCUGAAAGUGAGCUUAAUGUCCUACCGCCCACCAGAACCUACAGCAAGACACUUGUGCCCUCUGCUGUAGCACCUGUUCCUGUCCAUGCAGACAGUCCUUCCACUUCCUUUAAAAUGUCUGCAAUCCAAUUAUCACCAACAGCAGCCAACAUUUUGCCAGCGAAAGAAACCUCCCUUCUCUUAGGCUCUGAAAAUAUAUAUGCUUCUGAUGGGGCACUCAGGCAUAUCAGGUGUCAAAGUUCCUCCUCAAAGCCCAGAGCAAGGCGUUCUCUGCUGAAAGAACUUAAUUUGGCUUUGCUUUCUGAACUGACACCGAGGAAAAGGAAAUUAUAUGAACAAAUUUGGAAUAAGGAGAGUGCACAGGCCGAGAAGUCUGUGAUGCUGCAAUAGUGUAAAUUUGGUCAGGACU